GCCGCUCAGAGAAUAAAUUUGCAUAUAAUGCCAGUGUGUUUGUGAUCGGUCAGAAGCCAGCAUAAACACUGCAGCCGUUAGUGGUAACGAUGGGCCUCCAACUGUACAGCACCGGUUAGUUGUGAUUUAGCCAUCAAUCUCAGUGCUCAGUGGAGGAAAAGCAUCCAAAAAGAAAACAGCCCAAUCGGCGACACUUUUAAUUAUUAUUUUCAGUAUAGAAUUUUUGUCUUGUGCUGAAAAAAAAAAAAACACAACAAACUAUCGUCGCUGCUGUUGCUGCUGCUGAUUUAUUUAUAUGUCCCCCAAACCAAAAAGUGCAUGUAAGAAAGGGAUCUUCGCAGAUCUAUAUAUACAUUACCACAAUUCAUUCGUUAGUACGUUGUCUUCAGUUCGCACCAGAAUCAUUCUUUUCUUUUAAAACGAGGAGUUUCUUCUGCAUGUGCAUCAGAUUUUGUCGCCGCAGACGAUAGAAACAAAGUUCAACAUGAAUGCUGAAAAACUUCGUAGGUUACAGGCCCAGGUUCGGAUAGGAGGCAAGGGUACUCCACGUCGCAAGAAGAAGGUAAUGCAUCAAUCGGCUGCCACAGAUGACAAGAAAUUGCAAAGCUCUUUGAAAAAAUUAUCCGUUAGCACCAUACCCGGCAUAGAAGAGGUCAACAUAAUCAAAGACGAUCUAACGGUUAUACAUUUUAAUAAUCCAAAAGCUCAAGCAUCUCUAUCUGCCAAUACGUUUGCCGUUACAGGACAUGGAGAAACCAAAAAGAUAGUAGAAAUGUUACCGGAAAUUUUGCCACAGUUGGGUCAAGAUACGGUUAUGCAGUUACGUAUGUUUGCCAAUACCAUGACAGGCAGCCAGGCUGCAAAGUCGAGCAAAAAGAUAGGCACAUUAGAAAAUGUAGCCGAAGAAGAUGAUGAAGUUCCAAUGUUGGUAAAUGAUUUUGAAGAAAUAGCCAAAAUGGAUGAAGCUAAAGCAAGCAAAACCGCUAAGGAAAAACCGAAAAUUGAUACAGCCAACUCCCAAGACUCCUUGCCGUUAAAUAAAGAAAAUGGCGAUAUCGGCCAAAAGAAACCAAGUGCAGAACAACCAAAAAUCGAGUCAAUUGCUGCAAAGAGCGAUGAAAAAAUGGACAAGAAAACAAAUAAAAAACAACAAAAUAAACAGUCGGCCAAUGGGACAGCUAAAAAUAAAAAUGAAACGUCUAAAACCGACACCAAGCAACAGAAGCCAAAUAAACAAGCAAAAAAUGCUGCUGUGCCAAGUGAGAAGAGUGCAGGAAAACAGCAAGACUCCAAAGAUGUCAAGUCUACAAACUUGGAGGGAAAACCGGCAACACAAGUUGCAGGUGGAAUGCAAUCCAAAAUUGAUGCACCGAAAUUGGAGACCAAAAUGGAUUCUCCAAAGAUUGAUAAAAAGAAAGAUAUUCCUUUGAAAGCAGAGAAAGAUAUAAAAACCAAAGACAAUUCAAAUGAAGUACCAAAAUCUGAAACCAAAAUUACACAGGUCCAGGUUGAAGCUCAGCCGAUCAAGGAUGAGAAAAAACAAGAGAACAAAAUUGAAAUUAAAGACAUAAAAAUGCCAGAAAAUAAGGAUCAAAAACCGGUACCACCACAGCCAACUGUUCAGGAGCCUAAAGAAGUAAAUAAAAUUAACGAUAAAAUUCAAUCUGCCCCAAAGGCUGCAUCACCUCAACCAAUAUCGCCACAAACGAAAGAUAUGCAAAUACCAGGGCAUCAGGAAUCAAAGCAAAUGGAAUUACCAAAAGAUCAUCUAACUCCAAGAGGACCAUCACCUCAACCAAUGGCAAAAGGAAAAUCUAAAUCAAAGUCACCACAACCGAAGGAAAAAACCAUGCAGCAGCAAAAAGUAUCGCCAAACGAUGCAAUACCUAUUGGGGAAGAAUCGAAAGAUUUAAAGAAAAUGGAAAUUCAGAAGGAAAAUACAACCCCAAAGAGUCCAUCACCCCUACCAGCGGGGCAGAAACCAACAGAUAUAAAGAAAAUGGAAAUGCCAAUAGAAAGUACAGCCCCAAAAAGUGCAUCACCUCAACCACAAGAUAUGAAGAAGCCGGAAUUACCAAAAUGUCCAUCGCCUCAGCCAUCGCCUAAAUGUGUAUCAACACAACCUGCUAUUCAAGAACUGAAAGAUGAAAAGAAAAUGGAAUCACCGAAAGAUGAUACAGCCCCAAAGAUAACAUCACCAGAACCUACGCUUCAAGAACCGAAAGAUGCAAAGAAAAUUGAAUUGCCAAAAGACAACAAAGCUCAAACUGCUCCAAAGAGUCCGUCACCACAACCGAUGACACAACAAUCAAAAGAGUCCAUUAAAAUGGAUAUUCCAAAAGACGAUAAAGCUCAAUUGGCUCCAAAGAGUCCAUCACCGCAGCCCAUGGCGCAGGGCAAAUCCAAAUCGAAGUCACCACAACCCAAGGGUAAACCAACGCAAGAGGCUCCGAAGAAUCUAAACGUACAGGGACAAACAGGAACAAAAAGUCCUUCACCACAGAAAUCAAAAUCUCCUCAGCCAAAUGAUGGAAAGAAACAGGAGUUAAUUGCCAACAAAGCAGAUAAAGAUUCUCAAAUCAAAACUAAUGAGAAACAAGAAAUAAAAGAGGAAACAAAAGAAAAGGGCAGUACUCAAAUAGUCAAAGAAGAAAAUAAUAGCCAGAAAAUUCCUGAAAUCAAAUCUGAAACAGCAAAAGAUGGUGCCAUGAAAUCCGAUAGUGCUCAACAGCAAACUGCAGCACCAAAAUCUCCAGACGUUCAACAAGAUCCAAAGAACAAUAAUGCUUCAGCCGGCAUGCCAGCUAAAAACGAUACAAAAACGUCCAAUGCAAGUGCCCAAAAAGCAUCCCAAGCAAAAAAUGCCAAGCCGACGGGUACAACAAAACCCCCCAAUCAGCAAACAAAACAGAGUUCACCGAAAGCCAUAGAAAAACCCAACACACCAAAAACUGCAGCAUCUCCUCAGAAAUUGGCAACAUCUCCAGCUAUGAAAAAAACCAGUGCAACUUCAUCACCAGUAACAUCACCUCCUGCAACACCGACUGAAUCUCCUAACAAACCAGCCGAAAUUAAGAACAGUGAUGCCAAAACGGAUGCUCAAAAGAAACCCCAAGGCCAAUCAGCCCCCAAACCAACACAAACCGCAAAGACAGCUCAAACAAAGCCGGCUAGUACUGGAAGUAAACCAUCACCGCCAAAUACACCAGCAACACCAGGAGCCAAGAAACAACCUCCUUCUAUUCAACAAGAUAAUAAGCCAGUAAAACAGACAUCUACUGCUCCGAAGCCCCCGGACAAUGCUGCAAUCAAAGCCAAGUCGAAAUCACCACCAAAAAUAGAUCCCAAACAAACUACUGUUCAAAAAACAAGCAACAAUCAACCAGUCAGUGCUGCUCCCCAACAACCUGCACCGAAACCAAAUCCUUAACUUAUCACUUAAGCAAGCAUUUUUUUCUCUCUCUCACGCAUUUGAUUCAUUACUAAUUUCUAUUUAAUUGCACACGUUUAUCUUUUUUUUUAAAUCUUUACUAAUCCAUCAGCAGAUUUUUUAUUUUGUUAAUUAUUA